AUGGUUCCUAUGGAUAGCUGUAUUUCUGGACAUGGACACUACACAGACACAGGACGAGCAACAGACCCAGUGUGUCUUCCACAAGACCCAUCUAUCGGAGGUCCUAUUAACAGCGAUUAUGCUGCAACUGUUUAUGGUAUGGAAUAUGCUGACAACUUUGGUAGUUUAUAUUAUAAAGAUGUGCCUUGUGUCGUAUGUAGGGCGAAUCAUGUUACCUCCAAAGUAAUGAUUCCAGGAAAAUUUACAUGUCACGUUGGAUGGCGAAAAGAAUAUAGUGGUAUGUUGGUAGCAGGAUAUCACAGACAAGAAGGUGCAUCUUCAUACUUCUGCAUGGAGACAACUUUGGUAGUUUAUAUGAUAAAGAUGUGCCUUGUGCCGUAUGUAAGGCGAAUCAUGUUACCUCCAAAGUAA